AUGGCUCGACGUACGAACAAGCAAGCCAGCAGCCAACUCACCUGCAACCCGCCGCCUCAACCCAAACCUCGUACGUUCUCCUCCCUCCAAAUCCCCCCGCUCACUCCUUCCAGACCACACCUUGCAAAACCCACUGGAAAGAUGCGAUUCACGUGGUUCGACAACCCCGAUUUGAUAACUGACGACCUCCGCCUGCGUCGCCUGUAUGGCUGUCUCCCUGUUCGCAGGUAUCCGGUGAUGGUUGGCACGGGAGUGAAGAGUACGGGUAUGGCUGGGUGUUUGUAUUCUCUAUAA